AUGCCGCACCACCCCGGCUGCAGCAGCAGCAGCAGCAGCAGCAGCAGCAGCAGAUGUGCCGGCAGCGGCAGCGGCGAAGGUGGCAGCAGCAGCAGCGGCAGCAGCAACGGUAGCAGCGGCAGCAGCAAAGGCAGCAGCCGCAGCGGCAGCAAAGGUAGCAGCAGCAGCAGCAGCAGCACAAAGGUAGAAGCAGCAGCAAGGGGAGUAGCAGCAGCAAGGGCAGCAACAGCAGUAAAGGCCCCAGCAGCAAACGCACUCGCAGCAACAGCAGCAAGGGCAGCAACAGCAGCAAGGGCAGUAGCAGCAGCAAGGGCAGUAGCAGCAACAAGCGCAGCAGCAAAGGUAGUAGAAGCAGCAGCAAUCGCAGCAGCAAAGGCAGCAGAAGCAGCAGCAGCAAAGAAAGUAGCAGCAGCAGCAGCAGCAGCAGCAGCAAAGGCAGUUGCAGCAGCAGAAGUAAAUGAGAAGAAUAAAUAA